CCUGUAUCUUUUUAGCUGUCGACAUACCGGUGAACAUGCGUACUAAGUAUAAACAAAUGUAAACAAUGCGUGGAUAGGUAAUGUCUACCUGGGUACGAUCGGAUGCAGUUAUAUAAAAAUCACUGCAUGACUUGAUUUCAGGAAACACUUUAAUUGACAACACGGGUGUCGGAAUUGUUGCAGAUUUCUAAGAGUCUAGUAAAGACAUAUGACAGCCCCGCAAUAAGUAAAGUCCUGAGGUCAGCGAUGAGAAGGCGACUACGUCACAUGGUAUUGAUGUCCGACAUACGAUGUGUAUCAUACGUCUUGUGAUAACUAGAGGACUUGGUAAAGAGCCAGACUGAAAACACUUUGGAGUAAAACCCGAAUUUUGUUCGUCUUUAAACAAUGUGUGUCACUUGAACGACCCAGAGAGCGUUCCGGAAGUGCUGGUUUCGUGGAAGUGGCGUGAUGGCCGCGGACCUUGAUACUAUGCUGACCUCUCUUAGAGGGAUGAAGGUCGAGCUAAUGAUCAGUUGUACGGACCUGGUGGACCUCGAUACCAUGACCAAGUCAGACCCCAUGUGUGUUCUCUUCGUCAAAUCCAUGGGUAAAUGGGUCGAGUACGAUCGCACAGAGUCCAUCAAAAACACUCUUAACCCAAAGUUUGAAAAGUCCUUCGUUAUUGAGUUUGACCCAAGGACUUACCACUAUUUGCGUUUCUCUGUCUAUGACAUCGACUACAAUAACGCCAAGCUAGAACUGCAGGACUACGUGGGCUGUGUGGACCUCAAUUUCAUGGAUAUCGUCAGCACCAAAGAUGCCUUGUAUACAUGUAAUAAAAUACUCCGGGUCCAAGAAUCAUCCAAACCCCGGGGAACGAUCAGCAUUACGUCAGAGCUGAUGACAGAAACACGAGAUAUUGUUAAUAUCCACGUGGCCGCUCACAAACUCGAUAAGUCAAAGGGCAUGUUUUCUAAAAAGAAUGAUAUUUACCUCGAAAUUUCCAAGGAGUUAUCACGGGACUCGGGGAACUACCAGCCCGUGUAUCGCUCAGAUGUCUACCCCAAGUCGAACAAACCCAGGUGGCGACCAUUUUCUUUCAAUCUUCAGAAGCUGUGCAAUAAUGACUGGACAAGGAAUCUCAAAAUUUCCUGUUAUAGGAGGAAAAAUCAUCUCCCACAAACAGUGGCAGGUCCGAGAGGCUCACAGAAGUUUGAGCUGAUCGGCCAAGUACCUACUACGUUGGCGGAGCUUCAUAACAAGGAUACAGCGAAGACGGACAGCUUCAUUAACCUCCCACUAAAGAAUCCCAAAGACCAGAGCAAACACAAGUGGGACCUCCGCAUCAUAAAGUUCAGGGUUGACAGACAGCACUCCCUGAUCGACUACCUCCGUGGGGGACUACACCUGAACCUUAUGAUCGCCAUAGACUUCACGGCCUCUAAUGGAAGUCUUAACGAUAUCCACUCUCUCCAUAACAUCCGGGAUCUGGACGCGAACCCGUAUCUCCACACCCUAGAGACGAUCGGUAGGGUGAUUUCCGACUUCAAUUUCGAUAGGAAGUUGGCUUUGUACGGCUUUGGCGCCAAAUGGAAUGACAAAGAGUAUCCGUCACACUGUUUCCCGCUCUCUGGUGACAAGACGGCUCCAUACAUGCGAGACAUUGAGGACGUGAUCCAAAAGUACAAGGAAAUCCUCCCAGUUCUGACGUUCUCUGGGCCGACUAUGCUGGCCCCUAUCAUAGACAGAGCGGUUGCUCUAGAGGAGAGUCAGAACACGUCUAAGGAGCACCAGGUCUAUACCGUACUACUGGUUAUAACGGACGGAGUCAUCAAUGACAUGAACAAUGUGAUGAAGCGUCUAAUAGAAAAGAGUCACAGAGCGUUGUCAGUGGUGUUUGUUGGGGUCGGUCCGGCAGACUUCUCGCUCAUGGAACAUUUCAGUGAUAAUACUGGAUUUCUCAAACUCGAAAAGACAGGCAGGCUUUCUGAGCGGCAGAACACACAUUUCCUACCAUACAGGAAGGACGUUGAAGAACCGGAAAGAGACAUGAUGAUGAAACGUGACGUAAUGACGGUGCUGUCCAAACAUGUGCUCCAGUUUUAUAAGAAUGUGGAACCCAACAAGCCCAGACUGAGGCGUCAUGACCAACUGAACUCGGUUCCAUGGGAGGCAAUUUUAGCCACUCCUCACGUGGAGGGACGGGACAAUCUCACGAGAUCAAAAUCCAGGAUCAGCAUUAUGACGGUCAAAGAUACGAAGCCUAUGUGUCCAACAUGUGGGGCCAGCAUUGACGUCAGCAAAACCGGAAGGACUCACACUUCUCAUUAAUCCUCAGAGCUACAAAGUAUGUUUAACUCAACACUUAACCUGGGAAGUACGAUUUAAGAAAGGACAAUACAAGCAUUGUCAAUUACAAGGUCAUCAGCAUUUCUAUACCAAAGGCGUGAUUGGAUUUUACUUUAACUCCUCGUCAGAACAUAAAACAACUCUGAAUUCCGUAUACUGCAUUGAACAUAUUAGUAGAUGCAAUAAAUUCAGUGUGCGUAUUAUCAAUCUACUCAGAACCACAACAUAACGCUAUCGACUGUUCGUCUGAUUGAUGAAAUUUAGUGUGAAAGAUAUGUGUAAUUAAGAUCAUUUUCAGAGCCAUACGUGGGUAGUAUAUGCUGCUGUUGGGUGGAUAUAUUACCCCCGCCAGUAAUUAUGGUUAUAUGUAUCAUUUGUUAUUUCGUGUAGUCCACUUUCAUCGGACAGUCAUGGGUUUUGAUCUCCAAUCCUAAAAUUGAAUUGUAUUUACUUUAGGAUUAUCAAUAUUUUCUAUGACAAGCUGUGUGCAAAUAAAUCAUCUACAAUGAUAUAUCAAAGGGAGCCGUUCGUGUCAAGUUUGCGAUAUAUUACUACUUAUCCCUGGACCAAAACGUAACAUUCACGGGUUAAUGCAAUGUGGAAAUUUAAAUAAUUAUGUACAUAAGGAAUAUACAUUGACUAUCAAUACCUGCUUGUUUCUAAAGUCUGCUUUCGCUUUUCGCGCAGAAAUAUUCCGCGAUAAACAAACGCACUUGGAUCGAACCUGUGCCGAACUUAUAGGUGGAGCUAAAUCUUCAGUUUCAGAGUUUUAUGAAAAAUAUUGUAUUGUAUUAAUAUCUUUUUUCUAUUAAAAUGUAUUGGUAUUUUGUGGGAAGAGUUUACUUCUGUUAUUGUUAAUGAAUAAGAAUAUCAGAUAAAUAAUCAUUGCAUGCAUGUUUAUUUAUACCCCAAAACACAUAAGCAUUACACAUACGGAAUAGGUAAGCACGUAUAUCUAUAU